AUGUUUGGAGGAGAUGACGAUUUUGGCGACAAGCCAUCCAAUAAUUCAAAGUAGUAAUAUGGAAGAAACUAGCAGUAUGGAAGAGGUAACUAGAACUCAACUAUUAACAACUCUUCAAAUGUCUAGGCCAGCAAUAAAUAGCCAGGAAUACUCAAAUUUAAUGAUGAUAGCGAUAGCGAUGAUGACAAUAAUAAUUUAAUAUUAGGUAACAAGCCAAACUUAAAUAAUAACAGUAGCUCUAAUUAGACUGGGUUUAGCACAAAGACAACUUUUUCGAAUGCUGGUUAUAGCAACGCUGAAGACCGCCCUUAGACCUCAAGCAAGCAGUCUGUUAUUGAUAGAUAGCGUGAUAUUCUCUUAAAUAAGCAAUAAGCAGCUUUCACUGGAACUUCUUCAAUGACUUUUAACAAAAAGCCAGGUGCCGGCUUUACUUACGGAUAAAAUACAGACGGAAUUGAUUUUGACAAGCUCUAAACAAUUGUUAAUAAUAGUUCAGUAAAUAAUAACUAAUAUGUGCCAGGUGAAUUUAAUGCUAAGGGUUCUGGCUUAGCUCCUGUUUCCAAGAUGAAUAAUAUUGUAAAAUUCAAUGAGAAAGAUAAUGAAAUCAAGAAUAACAACAUUAUCAAUAUUGAUGAUUCUGAUGAGGAUGAAAGAGAGAAUAUUAUUGAUAAGCUAAAUAAAAAGGGAGAAAGUUAACCUCUUUAACAAAACACAGAACAAUCAAGUAAUGUUUAAAACAGUAGUACAAAACCUGCAGAAUCUUAAAAGGAAGAAGGUGCAGGAAAUAACGCAGCUCGUGCUCAAGCAGAUUAGCUUCUUAAAAAUUUAUAUGGAGAUUCCAGUGAAGAUUCAGAAAAGGAGGAUGAAGAAGCUGCCCAUAAGAAAAAGCUUGAAGAAUAAAAGAACAAUAAAAGCGAAGUUAUUGGCGAUGAAGAUGAUGAAGCAAAUUAAGCCUAAUAAGCAGUAGGUAUUGUGAAUCAUCCAGUUACUUAAUAGCAAAACGAGCAAAUUUAGUAAAAUAUUGCAUAAAAUAAAAGUCCCACCUCAGUUUACAUAGCAGAAAAUAUAGAAAUAUUUGAUAUGAAGCAAUUCUUAACAAGGCCAAUUCCUAAAGGUAUGAUUAUUUAAACUUAGAUUCGAAGAGAUAAGAGUGGUUUUGCCCGUUUCUAUCCUAAAUAUCACGUCCAUCUAUCAAGCGGAAUGCGUUAUCUCCUAACAGGAAAGAAGCGUUCCAACAACAAGACAUCCAAUUAUCUUAUGUCGAUGAGUAAAACAGAGCUCUCUAGAAAGUCACCUCAUUUCUUAGGUAAAGUUCGUUCAAACUUCCUUGGAACUGAAUUUCACAUUUAUGAUACUGGUGAGAACCCAAAGAAAUGCAAAAAUUUAGAAAACGCACGUAAAGAACUAGCAGGUGUUAUUUACGAAUCUAAUUUAUUAGGUGCUAGAGGUCCUCGUAAAAUGAAAGUCUUAAUCCCAGAUUUGUAACCUAAUGGCGAUCCAAUAACUAUACGUCCUACAUCAAACAAGGAAGGUAUAUUCCCAAUGUUUAAAACAGGUAGACGUGAUGGACUUUUAUUAUUCCAGAAUAAGCCCCCAAAAUGGAACGAUAGUGUCCAAGCUUUCGUCUUAAACUUUAAUGGUAGAGUAGAUAGACCAUCAGUAAAAAACUUCUAAUUAAUUGACGAUUAAAAUGAUGAAAUGAUUUUAUUAUAAUUUGGUCGUGUUGGUGACGAUGCUUUUAAUAUGGACGUAAUGCAUCCAUUGUCUUUGGUUCAGGCAUUCGGUAUCUGUCUCUCCUCAUUUGAUUAUAAAAUAGCAUGUGAAUGA